CCGGCAGCCCCCCGCCCGUACCGCGCUGCAAGCCGCGCCCGGCCCCUGACAGAUGUUUGCUCUCCUCCCCUCCACCAGCUCGAGGCACUGGAAGCUGUUUUUGCUCAAACCCACUACCCCGAUGUGUUCACUAGGGAAGAGCUGGCUAUGAAAAUCAACCUCACGGAAGCCAGGGUGCAGGUGUGGUUCCAAAACCGAAGAGCUAAAUGGAGGAAAACAGAGAGGGGUGCUUCCGACCAAGAGGGCUCUAAGGAAACAAUGGCUGAGGUGCCGCCUCCAUCGAGGAAUUUAAAUUCCCCUUCUCCAGCAGAUCAAACCAGGAAUAAAAAAGAGAGUCUGGAGAUCCAGCAGAGCCUGAGUCGAGCAGUGGGUCCUACAGGACCUUUCUUCCCUUCCUGCCUGCCGGGGACUCUUCUCAACACAGCCACCUACGCACAAGCUUUAUCCCACGUUGCCUCUCUAAAAGGGAGCCCGCUGUGCUCGUGCUGCGUUCCAGACCCCAUGGGCCUCUCCUUCCUAACAGCCCCCCCCCCCCCUCCUGCCAAACCCAGCCCCGAGGGCAGCCAGGACAAGCAGCCCUCUCCGGCCGAGGAGCACAUGGAAGGAGAGAAGAGCGUAUGA